UGUAUGUAUAUAUAUUAUAUAUAUAUGUUAGAGUGUAUAUGUGUGUAUAUAUAACAUGGAGACAAGUUAUAGUCAAAGAUGCUUAAUUAAGAAAUGAUUAAGAAGUCAUAAUAUUUAAACAUCCACUCACAUAUACGCAUACACAACACCCAAUCAAACAGAUACAAACACACACACAUAUAAACAUACAUAUAUACGUACGUACAUACACACACACGCACAUAUAUACAUACAUAUAUACACACGUGUGAUGUAAUUAAUACCAGAAAGGCGAGAACUCAUUCCAAACAGGAAAAUGUUGGAAAAGAAAUGGUCAAAACUGAUGUGACUCCAAGACUUCGCAAUAUAAAGAUGAUGAUGGACAUGACGAUGUUGAUGAUGACGACGAUGAUGGGAGAAACGAUGACGACAAAGAUGACAACGACGACGACGCUAAACAGGAUGAUGUCGAAUAUAAUAGCGAUGAUAAAAAUGAUGAACACGGUGAAUAACGAUGACUUAUGUAAGGUCUAACUCACAGAGCACUUUCGGUGAAACGUUGGGGAGAAUACUGUACAGUAAAAGAAACUUCCAACAAGCUAUACCCGAGAUGACCAGCAAAACGCAUUGCCUUGGAAAUAUCGACAAGGAGUUACAACGGCCUGUGAGUGCCGAUGGACAGCAAUCGCAGUAUCUUCAGUCUUUGAGUCACACUCCUCAUCAUUUAGCACACCAAUCUAGCAUCAUCAACAGCAGCAGUACUGCUGGUAUUAUUACCAGUAGUGGUAGUAGUGGUAGUAGUGGUAGUAGUAGUAGUGGUAACAACAGUUCUAACCUUAUCAGUAAUAACAAUAGCAGCAGUAGUAAUACUCUCCAUACGGCUAUUGGCAGCGGUUCCGGUAGCAACAACGGCAACAAUAACAGCAACAUCAGUAUCAACAGCCAUCAUCAUCCUCACAGCAGCCAUAUUGUCAGCCCCAUUCGGAGCAUCGUGGGCGGGGGCGGCGGCAGCGGAGGCGGUGGUGGUGCCGGCAGUAGCAGCCAAAACGGUAGCACCACCACCGCCAACAACAACAACAGCAGCAGCAGCAGCAGCAGUAACAAAGCGCACAGCAAUCUUCAUCUUCAUCCGCAUCCCCAUCACCACCAUCAUCACCACCACCAUCACCAUUAUAACAACAGCAACAGCAACAGUAGCAACAGCAGCAGCAGCAGCAGUAACAGCGGCAUCAACACCAAUACUACUACUAAUAAUAAUAAUAAUAGUAACGGCAGCAACAACAGCAACAGCAGCAACCAUAAUAGUCUCACGGCGAGCAGUACAACAACGACGACGGGUAGUGGUAGCGGUAACAAUGGCAACAACAACAACAGCAUCAAUAAUGGCAAAGGGAGUCCCAAAGAAUACGUUCCCACUCACCAGAACCAAAUUGGUAAUGUCAUCCUUGCAGGCGUUCCAAUAGUUUCUCUCUUCAUAGACUCCAAAGAACGACUGUGUUUGGCACAGAUUUCUAACACUUUACUUAACAAGUAUAGCUACAAUGAAAUCCACAACCGACGGGUGGCCCUGGGUAUCACGUGUGUACAGUGUACUCCGGUACAACUAGAGAUGCUGCGACGUGCUGGCGCUAUGCCCGUGUCAUCACGCCGGUGUGGAAUGAUAACCAAACGUGAGGCAGAACGUUUGGUUCGAUCUUUCCUCGAGGAAAAUACCCCUCCAAAGUUACCGGAAGAUUUCAGUUUCAAUGUGUACCAUGAGUGCGGCUGGGGUUGCCAAGGCAACUUCCAUCCGUCACGCUACAACAGCUCCCGUGCCAAGUGUAUUAAAUGUAACUUUUGCAACCUCUUUUUUUCACCGAAUAAAUUCAUUUUUCAUUUCCACCGGACUGCCAAUUCGAAAUAUAACCACCCAGAUGCUGCCAAUUUUAACUCGUGGCGGCGACACCUGAAACUAUAUGGUGCGAAUACGGAGAAAGAAGAAAUAGUAUAUGCCUGGGAGGAUGUCAAAGCAAUGUUUAAUGGCGGUGGUCGGAAGCGGUUUCAAGGAAGCACCUCAAAUACACACAAUCCUAAAUCAAUUGGCAAUUCAGUGGAGCAGGCAGCGAAAAGGACGAAGCUGGACUGUGGCAGUGAUAUAGGAGUGAGUAGGACCGGAAAUACAGUGGCUACGAACAACCCUUCGGCAACCGUCAAAGAACGAUCUCCUUACCCCAUGCCAGACUGUUCCCCGUUUUCUAUGUUUUCGAACCAUGUAAGAAAUCCUUCUUAUCAAACUCAGGCUUCGUAUGGAUUAUCGAUAUCCAGCACAAAUAAUGCUGAUCAGUUGAUUCCAACAAUAGCGAAUAAUCCGUGGGCUUCGAACCAGACGAAUUUCUUGAUGGCUACUUACGACCGAUUUUGGGCAAGUCAGUUAGGGUUAACUAGACAAACAUCUGAAUAUCAAAAUAACCCUUAUUUCACGAAAGCCAUACCAAGGAGAGAUAUAAAACUUUCAAACGAGGUAUCGAAACCGCUAAAUAUGACUCCAUCGAGUUCUGAAGAAGAAGAUUCGGGGACAUCGUCGAGUAACGAAGAAGAUUUAAACAAACCUCCCACCGUGGGACAUAGGUUGUCUGCUUUUCGACCGGUAAACCCGGCCAACAGCAGGCCCAAGUCCGUCGAAGAACUUGACAGAACUCCUUUAGAUAUGAAAAGAAUUGGUAGUUCUCUGGUUGAGAGGUCGCCGCUUAUGGUCGAUUCUAACAUUGAGAACAGUUAUGAUGCGCAGGACGAUACAUGUGUGGAGAUUGAUGUUCUUAACGAAGGAGAUGAUAAGUGCAGCCAAUCAGAUAUGGUGAAGGACCUAUGCGACAUGAGAGCGGGUAGCAGAACUGACAUCGAUGAUGGUACCGAUGUGAAUGGUAUUGAUGACGUCAUCGAUCACGAGGGCGAUGAUAAUGACGAUGACGACGACGAUGAAGACGACGGCAGUGAUGAUGGUGGUGACCAUGGCGAUGAGGAUAUCGUCAACAACGACCAUCACCGGGACGAUGGUGAUGGUGGUAGUGGUGGUGGUAGCCGUGGGCGUGGCCAUGAUGAGGAAGACGACGUUGAUGAUAAUGAUAAUGAAAAUGAUAAUAAUAACAAUAAUGAUGAUGAUAAUAAUAAUAAUAAUAAUAACAACAAUAAUAAUAACAAUAACGAUAAUAAUAAUGACACUGAUAAUGCUAGCGAUGUUGAGAAGUGUCGACAACAGAACAGAGACCGUUACAAACUUAGCACAGAGCAGCAUCAAACAACAUUACAGCGGCAAACAUCACCAUCACAACAACAACAACAACAACAACAACAACUGCAACAUCAGUCACAACAACAACAAAAACCACAACAACAGCAACAACAGCAGCCACAACAACAACAACAACAACAACAGCUUUUACUACAACAAACACAUCACCAUCAACAAGCACAAACACCACCUCCAACAUUAAUUCUAUCUUCGCAAAAACAACAACACAAACCGCAACAAUCACAACAACAACAACAACAGCUACAUCUACAUGAGCAACACUUGAAAGUUGAGGUGUCCGACGACGAGAGAGAUGCGAGAUCCAUGGAGUAUUCGAGUAGAAAAAGGAAACACGAAGCAUUAAAGGACAUUGAAGGAGGAGGAUCAAACUUAAAAGCGGAAAUGAAACGUGAUGAAAUGAGUCCAUUGCCAAAACGAGGCAUCGGAGUAAGAUUAGGAGGAGGAGGAGGAGGAGAUAUAGAUGACGAACAAGAAUAUAUUAAUGACGUUGUCGAUGAUGUUGAUGAUGAUGAUCAUGAUCGUGAUGACGAUGGUGGUGUUAGUGGUGGUCGUGGUCGUGGCGGCCGUCAUCGUGGUGAUGAUAAUGACGAUGAUGACAACGAGACAAGACACAAAUCGAUGGCGGAACCGGAAAUGAACCUCGGAAAUAUGGACCGUGUAGGCAUGUACCAUCCACACGUUCGACCAAUCACAGACAAGACUCCGGAAUUUACGGUUCACAACAGAGAUCACGUGAUGCAAGACAGUCCUCCCAUUGUAGACAUGAAAUCUUCUCCGAUUCCUCCUGAUAUCUUGACAAUGACUAAAGAACAACUUCACGAACAGUUACUACAAGAGAUCCGUUCCCGGAGGAAGAUAGAAAAAGAAUGUCAAAUUAUGAAAGACACAUUCCAGGAACAAGUCAAACAGGACAAAAAACAUCGCGAAGAUAUGCAGCAACAAAUUCACUUAGUACAAGAAAGUUUAACCAAUGAACUGGACCAAGAGAGAAAAGCUCGGUUAACAUUGCAGGAAAAACUUAAAGUACUCUCAUUUUUUUCUUUCACAGAGGCACACGAUGCUCUCCAUAGUUUCUCCUGCAAGAUGUUGGCACCACGAUUCUGCGGCGAAUGCAACUACAAGGAUGGGCCAGGGCCAAUUCCAAGAUGAAGAAUUUAAGAGCAUGGACCUCAAGAACUUCACAUGAAGAACGUAUACACGUAUACAU